AUGGAAACAGAUGAGGCUCAAGAUAUGUCCCAGGUUUCAGGAAAGGAAAGUCCUCCAAUUAGUGAUGUCCCAGAUGAUGCUGAUGAACCUAUGCCUGUACCAGAGGACCUUUCAACUAGUACUGGAGGUCAACAGUGUGCUAAGAAUGAAAGAGUCUUGGCUGCAUACGUGGCAGAAGGCUUUAGGGACUUUCAUGCAAUAAUUCCCAAAUCUUUUUCCCCCGGUAAUAUUAAAAUAGAAACUCAGAGUGAUGAAGAGAAUGGGCGUGCCUGUGAAAUGAAUGGGGAAGAAUGUGCGGAGGAUUUACGAAUGCUUGAUACCUCGGGAGAGAAAAUGAAUGGCUCACACAAUGGCCCAGGCAGCAAGGCUAUGUCAGGAGUUGGAGGCAUUCGACUUCCUAACGGAAAGCUAAAAUGUGAUAUCUGUGGGAUAAUUUGCAUCGGUCCCAAUGUGCUCAUGGUUCACAAACGAAGCCACACUGGAGAACGCCCUUUCCAGUGCAAUCAGUGCGGAGCCUCCUUUACACAGAAGGGAAACCUUCUGCGCCACAUAAAGUUGCACUCAGGUGAAAAGCCCUUCAAGUGUCACCUGUGUAACUAUGCCUGCCGUCGCAGGGAUGCCCUCACGGGACACCUGAGGACUCAUUCAGUUGGCAAACCCCAUAAGUGUGGAUACUGUGGUCGCAGCUAUAAGCAGCGCAGCUCUUUGGAAGAACAUAAAGAACGCUGUCAUAACUACCUGCAAACCAUGAAUAUCUCAAGCAGCCUUUAUUCAGUCAUAAAAGAGGAAACUAACCAGAGUGAAAUGGCUGAAGACCUGUGCAAGAUAGGGUCAGAAAGAUCCCUCGUGCUGGAUAGACUAGCAAGUAACGUCGCCAAACGUAAGAGCUCUAUGCCUCAGAAAUUUGUUGGUGAGAAAUGUCUGCCCGAUCUUCCAUACGAUGCCACCACCAACUAUGAGAAGGAGAAUGAGAUAAUGCAGACGCACGUUAUAGACCAGGCCAUCAAUAACGCCAUCAGUUACCUGGGGGCAGAGUCCUUGCGUCCCCUUGUCCAGACACCACCAGGUGGUUCUGAGGUGGUGCCCGUCAUCAGCCCCAUGUAUCAGCUCCACAAACCUCUUGGGGACAAUCAGGCUCGCUCCAACCAUACAGCUCAGGACAGUGCAGUGGAAAACUUGUUGCUGCUUUCCAAAGCCAAAUCUGUCUCCUCUGAACGAGAUGCCUCUCCCAGCAACAGCUGCCAAGACUCAACAGAUACAGAGAGCAAUAACGAGGAACGCAGUGGUUUAAUUUACCUGACAAACCACAUAGGUCCCCAUGCAAGAAAUGGCAUCUCUAUAAAAGAAGAAAACAGGCAAUAUGAUGUCUUGAGGGCAGGUACUGACAAUUCCCAGGAUGCUUUCAAAGUGAUCAGCAGCAACGGGGAGCAAGUGAAAGUUUACAAGUGCGAACACUGUCGAGUCCUUUUCUUGGAUCACGUGAUGUAUACGAUCCAUAUGGGCUGCCACGGGUUCCGCGAUCCUUUUGAAUGCAACAUGUGUGGCUACCAUAGCCAGGACAGGUACGAAUUCUCUUCCCACAUAACUCGAGGGGAGCACCGUUUCCACAUGAGUUAA